UUUAUCGUUUGCUUGAGGGUGGCACUCUUUGCGGUUUACUAUUGUAAAGGAGAGCUUUCUAAGUUUGGUAUCCUCGGACAGCCUUGCUAACGCUAAAUGUGUUCGACGUUAAGUAAUAUUCGAUGAGAUCGCGCACUGGAUUAAAAGGCACGGUUGUGUUUUACAAGCUGCGUGAAAGGAUUUGUCAGACCGGGAGGUUCAUAAGUGGACAUUGGACUUUUAGCUUGAAGUAACCGCUUUCCGAGGGGCUGUGAAAUACUGGAUAAAGACGAGGAAGACGAAGAUAACUACGACAUAGGUGCCAGUAACAAGCUGUCACCAUGGCGUCUGCACAGGGCAGCUCAUCCCCUGUCAAGUGUGGGCUAUCCCCUCGUAGCAAGCUUUACUCGAAGAUAAAUGAACACUUAUCUGAAGACCAAGUGAAAAGUUUGCGAGCUAUGUUGAUCACUGAUCAUCAUAUUGGCAAAGGAAAAAUUGAAAAUGCUACACCCCAUGAGAUCUUCACUAUGCUAGAAGCUGAUAACAAAAUUGGCGAGGGAAACCUUGGAUUGCUGAAGGAUCUGUUGAUAGCCCUCAAAGAAAUACAGCUAGCAAAAGAAGUCGAUGAUUUGGAGAGGGAUCAGAGGACAGGCAUAUCAAAGUUACAUUCUGAGUUCGGGUUCAAGGUGGAGGAACUGAAGCCGAAGGGAGGUGGGCAUGUCGUCCCGGGCUCGUCCAUCCCGCUCAUUCUGCCAAACGAUCUGAAGUACAACGCUUCUACCGGUGCAGUACAGAAGAUUCAGGAUAACCAGCGGACAAGUCUGCAUGUCGUUCCCGAGGCGUUGGAGCUACUGGAAGGGAUCGAGGAGCCCGUGAGUGUGCAGGCAAUCUGCGGGCCCUGUCGGUCUGGGAAAAGCUACAUCCUGUCCAGGUUACUUGGCACUGCGGAUGCCUUUGAGCUGGGCCACCGCAUGGACCCCCAGACGUUUGGUAUCUGGAUGGGCACCAAGGUGCUGCGGGGGAAGGACUUCACUAUCGUGCUACUGGACACGGAAGGAAUUGAUGCAGUAACUGCCAGUGCUGGACAGGACGCCUCUAUCCUGGUUAUGACCAUCCUGCUGUCCUCCAGACUCAUCUAUAACUCACUCAAUGUGCCGCACAUGGGGGAUCUGGAGAAGAUGCAGUGCUUCAUCAAGCUGGCUACAGGGGUCACGGUGAAGCAAGGCGAGGCUUCAAACGUGUCAGCAUUCCGAAAGUUCUUCCCGGACUUCAUGUGGCUGUUACGUGACGUGUCUCUGAAGAUGGAGGAUGAGAACGGCAAGGAAAUGGAUCCUUCCGACUACUUGGUGAAAAGGGUCUUUAGACGUAAUCCUAAUGCAUUUGAAGAAUCAACAACGGACAUGGUACGACGGGCGAUCCUUACGUUCUUCCCAUCUGCGGAGUGCGCAAUCCUGGAGAGACCCUCUGACAAGAAGGAGGUGAUGAACAACAUAGCUCAGCACACAGACAGCCUUAACCCAGAAUUCAACAAGGGAGUAGACGAUUUGGUGGUGAGGCUGUUGCUUAAGGCACGUGCAAAGAGAGGCUACCACGAGGGCUCUAAAGUUAGUGGUUUGGCCCUCAGCAUCAUGACCAAGCAGUAUGUGGAAGCGGUCAAUGACCCCAACUCCAUUCCUGCCCUGGACAACACCUGGCAGAAUACCAUAGAGCUGAUGCAGAACAGGGCCAUCGAGGAAGCGGUCAUGGAGUACAACAAGCAGAUGCAAGCUCAGAUUGCCGAAGCCCGGAUGACUAAGAAUGGGGAAGUACCAUUAGAGGAAGGCGAAAUCGACACUCCGAUACAGCCUACAAUCAUGGGACUCCACAAUGCUUCGGUCAAAACAGUUACAUCCAUACUUCUAAAGAAGGUUGGUCAUUUCCAAAUCAGCACAGGGAAUCAGGGUACAGAGAAUCAGGAUUCUGGUGAGAUCAACGCUGUGGUGGACCAGAUGCAAAAACGCUUAGUUCAACAAGAAGAGCGCGCGGUUGAUGGUAUCCGCGGGUUGGUCGUUACAGGUGGGGAGCUUUUCCACUACAUCCAGCAGAACAGAGAACACUCCAAGAACUUCUGCAAAGGACUUUAUGAACACUUGCUGGACCCAAUCAGAAAACGAGUCGAGUCGCCGCCUCCAGACUUUGACUUCGACAAGUUGACGAGAGAACUUGCUGCCGCACGUGAACAGUACAAGAAGCAGGCACGUGGUCCGGAGAAGUGGGUUGUUCUACAGGAGAUGGACACAAGCGCAGUGAAGCUACAGGCCCAAAUUGACAAGAUGGGGUAUCAAAAAAAGCUAAUGCAACAACAACAAAGGGCACAUGAAGCAGAGCUCAGAGCCAAGGAAAGGGAGGAAGAGAUUCUGAACCAACUCAAGCAACUAAAGGACCAGCUGCAAACUCAACGGGAAACUCUACAGGAAAUAAUUCAACAGUACGAGAGACAGAUCACACAGAUGAAGCAAGACAUGGAGGAGAGACAUGCGGUUGCGCUACAGAGGAUUGAGGACCUCAAGAAUGCGAAGAUGGCGGAACAAGCGGAAAUUGCAAGGGAUCUCCUCGAGAAGGAAAGAGCCAGUACGAGGGAAAAAAUCAAGAAGAUGGAGAACGAACAGGCAGAUUUGUACAGGCAGCUAGAAGAGGUGCUAGAUCAGCAGAAGAAAGCAACUCCACCUCCUAAGCCAUCCUUGAAAGAGAAGUGCACCAUCUCGUAAGAUCGUCAAUGUUCCUACUGCCGCUAUGGGAUAUUAAAAACGUUUUGAGGACAUUCUUCU